ACGGAGGGCUAGCUGCUAGCUGGUAAAUAGACACGAUGGCUUCGCAUUCAAGGGCCAAAAGGUUGACACACUUUGAGAUUGUCAACAGAUGGUGUCUGGAUUUUUAUGUGGCCAAAGCUCUCGACGCUUUUCGGGAUGAUGAAUACACACGGUUUUGCCAAAUUAGAGACCAUCUUCAAAGUUUGUUGGAGAUGCCGAUAGAGGCCAACAGUAGCUUACCCAUGAAGUUACUAAUCAUGCAGUUUUUGUCUCGAAUAUAUGACGGCAACAAACUUGGGACUGAAUUUGAGUCUGAGGAUUCUGUUACUCCGCUUGAGUCAGCCAUGAGCGUCUUGGAGAAGAUCAGUGCAGAGGUAGAAGUGCCGCAGUCAGACUUGGAGAGAGUCCACACAUCACUAAGGGAGAUGGUGGUUGUCGUUUGCUUAAAAAGUAAAGACUUUAAAAAAGCCAAGGAGAUGCUGGAAAAACACUUCCCAACGAGGACAAAUUCAGUGGGCAAGGCUAAGCUGUUGUCAGACCUGGUGCAGAAGAAAUGUAGCUCUCACCCCACACUGGAACAGCCGUCCUACAGCCAGUUCAGGCAGAACACGCUGGACUUCAUCGAGAGAGUGUACAACAUGCCUCAGCCUUUUCUAUCCAUGGUUGUACGGAAGAGGAAUGGAAUGGUUGAGGAAUCGGAGAUCGUCAAGAGAAGGUCGCGGAGAUUAGAGUAUGGAACCCAAACAGAGAACCACAUUAACCUCACAUCUGAGCCACGCCAAGAGCAAGAUGCACCAGAGCACAGCUCCUCCGCCUCUGCAGAUGCCCGUCCGGGGUUCGUGACCUUACAGGUGCUGCGGCAGGUUUACGAGAGUCAAGCUCAGAGACUGGGCCUCAAGGUACCCUUCUCCACCCUGAUGGAGGAGGUCUACAAGGAGGCCGAGGAGGAGGCCCAGGAUGGGCAACCACAACAACCACAACAACCACAACAACCACAACAACAACCACAACCACAGCAACAGCAAGAGCAAGAGCAGCAAGCGGUGGAGGUGGAGGUGAAGGCGGUGGAGAUUCAGAAGGACAUAAAUCCUGUGGAGAACGUUCCGGAGAAGACGACUCCUGCUACUGCUGGGGAGGAGGUGCGCGAGGAGACGCAAGUGGACGAAGAUGAGGGGGAGGAGGAAGAGGAGACACAAGCUGAAGAGACGCAGGCUGAGGGGACACAGGCUGAAAGUCUGCACCUCUACCUCUCGGAGACUCCUCAGGAGGACUUACAAAAGGAGGAGUCCAUGAUGGAAGUGGAGCAGAAGGAGUCCAAGCCGGUCAGAGAAAAGGAGGAGGAAGUGUCGGUCUUGGUGAACGCAGAGAGAGACGCAGUGAGCGACGACGACGCAGUGGUGCCUGCUGUCUCGCCACCACGUCUUUCCUCUUCCGACACGGACAAUCUGUUCUCGCAGGCUGAGUCGCCCAGCCUCCUGGCUCAACCCAAACGCCUCACCCGCUCCCGGCGCCGGGAAGAUCCCCCAGCGGCCCGCAGCGCCAUCACUUCCCCCUCCCCUCCCUCUCCCUCUCCUCCCCCUCCCUCGAACCCACAAACUUCCACAUCAAAAUCCCCAGACCCUGCCGAGCAAGCCAAGCCUGCAGCGAACACGACAGAGCGCUGUAUGCUGUCCCUCAAGAUCGGUGGGCGCUACUGCAGGGUAACCGUGCCCCAGCUGAUCAUGCUCCCCGAUAGCCAACCAGUGACGUCUCAGUCGGAGAAGCUCUCGACCUCUGACCCUGACUCGUCCGCUGCCGAGAACUCCGCGCUGGACGAGCCGCGGUUGCCGUCCGAGCUGGAGGAGAGCGUCAGGACGCCGCCGCCGCCAUCGCCGCUGUCGUCGACGCCGGACAGAGACGAGCGCAGGGGCCGCGGGCGACUGAGGGACCCGCUCCUGAACUCGCCCGCCCGGCGUUUCAAGGAGUCGCCCGCUACCACCCCCAUCAGGGGCUCUUCCAGUGCCGCCAGGAACUCCAGGGACAAAGACUCCGUCACGCCUAGUCGGAGCACCUCCGGCGGCACUACUAGUCGGUCGGGGGAGUCAGGUUCUGCCACACCAAGCAGGGGUAGUUCUAAUACCCCCGGGCGUCAGAGGGAUCCCGUUCCUAACACGCCGACUAGGGGCAGCGGGGUCGGUGCCAAGCGUCUGAAAGAGCCGCUGCCAACCAGCCCUGGCAGGCCGGGACCCGGGAGUGCCCCGCGCCCAAACAACGACUCCACGGAUGAAGGUCCGCAGGACUUCUUGCUGUCCAGUUCGCCACCCAACAGGAAACGACGGAAGGAGCUAACCAUGAGGUAA